AUGUCGGGUAAGCGGCGCAGGAAGAUGCCGAAAAGGGCGGCCAAGAGGGUCCCUCUACGUACUCCAAGUUCAGAGGAGCCAGACACGACGCCUUCAAAGACCAUUCCGAGGAAGGGUCGUUUGGUCUGCGCGCGAUCAUAUCCAAACCGCAACCCCAAAAACAUGCCACCCUUCAAGGAUGAGCAUAUUAUGCUGAUUGCGCCAGGUUCGCACAUGACCCUGGCGCAACUCGGUCUUCCCGAAAGCUUCACGCCCGCGCGUUUUCGAUUUCCCACGCGUAUGUUUCCGGCCCAGAAGAAGGGCGAGUUUGAGCCUUAUCGUAUUCGCGAACGUCAUCACACCGUCAAACCGAGCAAUGGUCAUCGCGCGCCCGAGGAUGGACCUGCAAAAUCAGACACGGAGAUGAAAGAUGCCGCGCCUGCAGCUGAAGGCACUGCCGCCAUUAAGAGCGAAACCUCCAAGACUGCAGAGGACUCGACCGACGCGACAGCUGAUGGUGUCGAGAAGACUGAAGUGCAGGAGACAUUAUACGAAGAGGAUGUCGCGUCCGACGAAGGCGCUGUCUGCCCUAUUCAAGAUGGUCGCAUUGUCGAUUGGCCCUGUUUCUUUGCUCUGCUUACGCACAUCUACAAUGCUUUAAGCCCGCCAUUCCACACUCCUAUUCUACUUGUCUCGCAACCUGUGUGGACUGCUCGUGACAAAGAGAUCAUCACCCAAUUCUUCUUUGAGAAGUUCAAGACUCCUGGCUUUAACAUCAUGGACUCCGCGCUUGCUACAUGCUACGGCUAUGGUGUGCAGACUGCCACCGUCAUCGACGUUGGAAAGACGAAGGUGGAUGUCACUGCUGUCACGGAUUGCGUUGUGAACCCCUAUGGCCGUGGUAUUGCUCUGAAGGGAUGCGGUGGUGAUGCUAUGACCGACCGACUGGUCGAGCUCCUGGCCCCCAGAGGCUUUACGCGCGAGAUGUGUGAGCAGCUGAAACGAAGCAACAUUGCCGAAAUCUUAGCGCCCGGGACGCCUUUGCCUGGUGCUGCUGUAACAGCUCAUCAGGGUCCCAACCCUGCAGCGGCCGCCUCGACCGGUGGAUCAGGUGCCACAGACGCCGUUCCCCGGGGCCCGGGAGAGAACACGCAGACUGGCACCGAGAAUGGACCCGAUGACGACGAAGGUGUCUUGGACGUUGCUGCUAUCGUGAGCGGUAAUACUACAGAGUAUUUGGCCAAGAUUGAGAAGGAGAAGACUGGCAAGAAGGGUGGCGUAGAAUCUAAGCAGAAGAACGCCCCCAAUCACCAGAAAGAGAAAGCAAGCUUUCAAUACGAAGAAUUCAGCCCUCUCGAGGAUGAUGGCACACCUGUUGCUGGGCCUCGCCGAUACAUUCGUCAUGCCAGAGAGAUCGAGGUUGGAGCGGAGCGCUUCCUUCUCGCAACCCCUUUGCAAGGUGCUAGCCGUCUGUCUUUUGGCAUUCUGGAAGAUAUUGCCUACCAAAUUUAUUACACCAUUCAAUCCGUACCUGAUGCUACCAGGAGAAGUGAGCUCUGGGACUCCCUUAUCAUCGUCGGAUGUGGUAGUCGAGUUCGAGGUUUCGCGCAGGCUCUUCUCGGUGUCAUUACACAAAAAUACCUUCUCUCUCCAUCCGCAACUAUCUUCACAUCUGAAAUUCCCUCCGCCUUCUCCACGCCUCUCCCCACCGGUGGCACCAACACCCCGGCACCCAUGGGCCAACAAGCCAGUCCAAUGUAUCUCCCAGCUGCCCAUGGCGUGAACCCUCUGCUCGUCGCUGCCACCCAUAAUAAUCCGGGCAUGGCUGCCGUUACCCCAGGAACCCCAGCCAUGGACACAAGCAUGUCCCUCCAUCGCUCAAGUGGACACUCGCAGACUCCGACUUCAGUCAAGUGCCUACGCCUUCCUGAUUACUUCCCCGACUUCAAGCAUGACGGAAAUCGCAACGCUCCUGGCGCCAGCCAGGGGCCCAGUGGUACACAGGGUGGCCAUGGUGCCGAGGAGGCCACUUUCUUGGGCGCCCAGAUGGGCGCCAAGGUCUGCUAUGUGCUUGAUCAGGGCCUGUCCAAAAGUUUCAUGACCCGUGUCGAGUACAACGAGAGUGGCCCCUCAGCCAUUCAUGACUUCGGGUUGUGA